UUCUCUCUGCUUCUUCAUCCUCUUUUAAGAGCAAUUUAGACGUAGACUUAGAUCAGAUUCCGAAACCUAAUUCAUGAUUAGCUGACCGGAUUGAGGAAAGGAAGAGUCUAUCAUAGUUUUGAUGCUGUUAGGUGGAUAUGAAGUGAAAAGUGUUAUUAUCAUUUUUCCUUUUUUUUUUUUUGGGUGCGUUUGUUGCAAAUUUUUUGGGGUCAUUUUUUUGUUGUACUCUCACAACGAGGCGUUUUGGCUGAUGUCUUUCUCACGCGGACGCAUUUGAGAUGCGAAAAGCAAAAUAUUGCGCUUUUAUUUCUAAACGAACAGCAAGCCGGCACGCGCGCGUGUGUUUUCACCGGAGAAUGGAAGCGCAUGACGGGGAUUACUAUAUUCUCACACUUUCCCAGAUACCCAGCUCAACUAAAUAGAGUCGCCUAGAACCGAUCGGGGUAAAAUUGGAUUUUUAUAUCAUCACAACAACCCCCCCCAAAAAACAGAACAAAUAACAUAACGGCAAAACUCGUGUUCACGGCGAGGGGCGAAGUUGCAUCUUUCUGUAAUGGUAAAAAGGCUGCCGCGAUCUUGGCCAGUGGAAUUUAGAGAGACUCUGUCCGUAGACAACCCCGUUGCGCACACAUUGUCAGACUGAAACUGAGCAACUUCAGCGUUUUCUAUAGGAUGUCGCGCCGCAAGCAAGCUAAGCCAAGAUCACUGAAAGUAGAAGACAAUGUGACGGAGGACCAGCACAGUCCUGGGCAGACUGCCAUUCCAAGCGAUCCAGAGUGCGCCCUCGAGAGGGCGGCGGAGGAUGGUGAGACCGGGCGUCUGAGGAAGAGGCUGCUCUCUCCGGAGGAAGCGGAGGAGGGAGAGGAGGACGACGAGGAGCCCGCGCUGCACAGCUGCGACAGCUGCCGGCAGGUGUUCGAGUCGCUGAGCGAUCUCACCGAACACAAGAUUAAUCAAUGCCAGCUGACAGACGUUGCUGAUCUUGAGGAUGACCCUUCGUGUUCUUGGACAGCAUCAUCUCCUUCCAGUAAGGAUCAGACUUCUCCAGGACACUGCGAGGACUACGAUUUUGGCGAGGAAGAAGGAGGCCCCGGCCUGCCGUACCCAUGCCAGUUCUGUGACAAGUCCUUCAGCCGCUUAAGCUUCCUGAAGCGCCACGAACAGAGCCACGGGGAUAAACUCCCCUUCAGCUGUACCUUUUGCAGUCGCUUGUUUAAACACAAGCGCAGUCGAGAUCGGCACGUGAAGCUACACACCGGUGAUAAAAAGUACCACUGCGGAGAGUGUGACUCUGCCUUUUCCCGCAGCGAUCACCUCAAAAUCCACAUGAAAACUCACGCCUCUAAUAAACCCCACAAGUGCCCCGUGUGCCGCCGAGGCUUCCUUUCGUCCAGCUCGCUCCACGGCCACAUGCAAGUACACGAAAGGGGCAAAGACGGCAGCAGCUCAAGCCUUUCUGAAUGGAAGCUGAAAGAAACUCGCAAAUGCAGCCGUUGUGAGGAGGGCUUCGAUGUCCCUGAGGAGCUCCAGAGGCACAUCGCGGAGUGCCACCCCGAGUGCUCUCCAUCAGAGGAUGGAGGCUUGGGUGCUACCCUGCAGUGCAUUUACUGCCAUGAGCCCUUCAGUGAUGAGGGAACCCUGCUGACCCACAUUGACCAGGCCCACAGCCGAGACAGGAAGGGCCACUCCUGUGCCAUUUGCUCUGAGCACUUUCUGUCUGUCGAGGACCUCUAUGCUCACAUGGACAUCCACCAGCUACCCGAAUCCAGUAACCAUAGCAACAGCCCUUCUUUGCUGACCGUGGGCUACACCUCUGUCUCUAGCACCACUCCUGACUCCAACCUUUCUGUCGACAGCUCCACCAUGGUGGAGACGGCGCCACCUGUGCCCAAGACGAGGGGGAGGAGAAAGAGGGCGGCUCAAAACACAUCAGAUAUGGGGGGACGUUCCUCCAAACAGCCUAAAGUCUCAUACAGUUGCAACUACUGCAACAAGCAAGUGUUCUCCAGUUUGGCUGUGCUUCAAAUUCACCUGAGAACCAUGCAUUUGGACAAGCCAGAGCAGGCUCAUACUUGCCAGUUUUGUUUGGAGGUCCUGCCCUCUUUACUAAAUCUAAAUGAACAUCUUAAGCAGAUCCACAAUGCAGAAGACCAUGCUGCCAUGUUAAUAAGCUUACCUGAUUCUCUCCUUCAGUGUAACUUCUGCCCUGAGCUAAUUAAUGACCUCAACGGCCUACAGGAACACAUUCGCUGCUCCCAUGGCUUCCCCAGUCCCGUGGCAAAGGAGAGCAACGCCUUCUUCUGCCCACAAUGCUUCAUGGGGUUCUUGACAGAGACUACUUUGGAAGAGCAUGUUCGUCAGACUCACUGUGACGUAGGAAGCCUGCGCUUUGACUCCCCACUGGCUAUGACUCCCAAGGAUUCUAUAGUCGAGGUGUACUCCUGUUCGUACUGCACCAAUUCCCCAAUAUUCAACAGUGUUCUGAAGCUUAACAAGCACGUCAAGGAGAAUCACAAGAACAUUCCACUGGCAUUGAACUACAUCAACAAUGGAAAGAAAUCGAUGCGCACUCUCAGCCCCUCUUCUCCAAUAUCUGUGGAACACAGCAUGCUUAAACAAGGAAGUUUAGCCUCACGCUCUACCGGUGAGUUCAUAUGUAACCAGUGUGGAGCCAAGUAUACCAGUCUAGACCUUUUCCAGACCCACCUAAAAACUCAUCUGGAUGGCAUGCAGCCCCUGCUCACCUGCCCACAAUGCAACAAAGAGUUCCCCAACCAGGAGUCCCUGUUGAAGCAUGUGACGAUUCACUUCACCAUUACCUCCACUUAUUACAUCUGUGAGAGCUGUGACAAGCAGUUCACUUCAGUGGAUGAUCUACAGAAGCACUUACUCGACAUGCACACCUUUGUGUUCUUUCGUUGCACGCUGUGUCAAGAGGUGUUUGACUCAAAGGUGUCUACUCAACUCCACCUGGCCGUGAAGCACAGCAAUGAGAAAAAGGUGUAUCGCUGCACCUCCUGUAAUUGGGACUUCAGGCAUGAGACUGAACUACAGCUACAUGUCAAACACAGCCAUCUGGAAAACCAGGGCCGCGCCCACCGCUGCAUCUUUUGCGGGGAGUCCUUUGGCACAGAGGUGGAGCUGCAGUGCCACAUCACCACCCACAGCAAGAAGUACAACUGCCGCUUCUGCAGUAAGGCCUUCCAUGCCAUCGUCCUUUUGGAGAAGCAUUUGAGGGAGAAACACUGUUUGUUUGAGGGAAAGACACAGAACUGUGGUGCGAAUGGUUCUACCGGAAGUGGAGUGGAUGGCCAGCCUAAAGAAGAUGCUGAGCUACAUGGUCUCCUAACCAACAGCCAUGGUUCAGGGGUAGCAGCCGGAGCUGUGGUGGAGUCUCAGAACAACCAUGAAGUAAGCGAGGAAGAGAUAGACACUGCAGACCCCUUGUUUGGGUGCGACAUCUGUGGAGCAUCUUACACCAUGGAUUCACUCCUCACAAACCACCAGUUGAGGGACCACAAUAUACGCCCUGGUGAGAGCGCCAUGAUGAAAAGGAAAGCUGACAUGAUCAAAGGCAACCACAAGUGCAAUGUUUGCUCCCGCACCUUCUUCUCUGAGCCUGGGCUGAAGGAGCAUAUGCAGACCCACCUUGGGCCUGUCAAACACUAUAUGUGCCCCAUCUGUGGGGAAAGGUUCCCUUCCUUGCUGACCCUUACUGAGCACAAGGUCACCCAUAGCAAGAGUCUGGACACAGGCAGCUGCCGCAUUUGUAAGAUGCCACUGCAGUGUGAGGAGGACUUCCUGGAGCAUUGCCAGAUGCACCCUGACCUGAGGAACUCCCUGACAGGUUUCCGCUGCGUGGUGUGCAUGCAGACAGUCACCUCUACAUUGGAGCUCAAGAUCCAUGGUACCUUCCACAUGCAAAAGACAGGCACGAUGUCCGGACCCCCCAUGGCUCGCAACAAUUUCAUCUCUUAUAACCAGCAGCAACACCAUAUCCAAAAACCUUUCAAGUGCGCCUCUUGCCUGAAAGAUUUCCGGUCCAAGUCAGACCUGGUGAAGCUGGACAUCAAUGGACUACCUUAUGGACUCUGUGCAUCCUGCGUAGCAGCAGCUGGCUCCAAGAGCUCCAGUCCAACAGUGAACGGAGGAAGGCAACAGCAGCAGCACGGUGGAGCCACCACCCCGGCAACGACUACAGCUGCAUGGAUCCAGGGGGAGAGACUCAGCCCUGGAGACGGGAAAGGCAAAGCCGUCUCUUCGUCAUCUUCAUCCACUUCUACAUCCUCAACAUCUACUGCCAAGACACGGUGUUCCAGCUGUAAUGUCAAGUUUGAGUCUGAAGCGGAGUUGCAAAACCAUGUCCAGACAGUACAUCGGGAACCGGCUGUGGACAGCAACGGCGGGCAGAUCAAGACCCCCCAGGUGUCCCCCAUGCCUAGAGCCAGUCCCUCUCAAACUGAAGAGAAGAAGACAUACCAGUGCAUCAAAUGUCAGAUGGUGUUCUACAGUGAAUGGGACAUCCAAGUCCAUGUGGCCAACCACAUGCUGGAGGAAGGAUUGAACCACGAAUGCAAGCUCUGUAAUCAGUCAUUCGACUCGCCAGCGAAGCUUCAAUGCCACCUGAUUGAACACAGCUUUGAGGGCAUGGGAGGAACCUUCAAGUGUCCGGUCUGCUUUACAGUAUUCGUCCAGGCCAACAAGCUCCAGCAGCACAUCUUCUCUGCACACGGCCAGGAGGACAAGAUCUACGACUGCUUGCAGUGCCCGCAGAAGUUCUUCUUCCAGACAGAGUUACAGAACCACUCGUUGACUCAGCACAGCAGCUAACGUGGCAAAGAUCAGCGCCGUGGCCGAGAACAAGGAUCACAUGACGCAGAAAAUAAUGUCUGACCGCCAAUUACCAUCAGUGCAGUUUCCCACUGACUCGUCUUGCACUGAACUUUCGGUUCAGUUUCACCACAAGGAACCGAAGAAAAAAGAAAGGCAAAGAAAAUAAAAAGGAAGAGGGGGGAAAGAACAUAAAAGAGCCCUCUCCGUACUUUACUAACCAUUAUUUCAAAAAUAAAGAAAAAGCCAACUUGUUUGUACAUAGAACUCUUCAUGUGUUGCUUAACUACAGCUAUAUUGCAAUCUUAUAGGCUACAGUAUUUGCCAAUGUACAGUUUAAAAAACGUUUGUCCGAGAGAAGAAAAAAAAGAGAAGGGGGGGUGGAAUAAAUAAAUAUCAAUGACAUUGUCAAUCAGAGCAGAUGAGAUCCAAGCAGUUGUGUGAAGGAGAAACAGGGUGCCACCCAGAGCGUAGGAAGCCGUAGGAGCCGGCAAGUGUUGUUCAGAGGAGUCUUUUCAUCAGCGCCGCUCCCACUGCGCAGAACGUCAAUCUGUAGCCCGACACGGCCAUUCAGUAUGGGAUGGAGGAGCUCGGUUCGCCGGCAGAGGCUGAGAUCUUGUCCGUGUGUCAUAACAUGGCUGCCAGAGGACCAGCUGAGGACGGCGGUGGGUCUAAUCUGCGCUGCCUCAGAGUUCAGAUGAGAGGAGAGGGGGGGGGAGCGAGCGAGCGAGAGAAAACAACAACAACAACACAGAGAACAGGAAAAACAGGACAGGAUGCUGAUAUACGCAAACGCAGUGACACAGAUUUGGAAAAGGCUAGUUCCUCUGGUUGGCUCGUGAACAGAGGCGUGAAGCUCCCGUGUGGCUCUCAGAGCGAGGGGAAAUCUCCAGCCCACUGACUCAACCUGUACAUUUCUGUUGUCAAUGUUUACUGCUCAUUGAAGCCUUGAGAUUACUGGAAUACACUUUUUUUUCUCUAUGUUUAGUUAUCUAUACAUAAUUUUGUUUUGUUGCAAUAGGGGAGUGAAUCCAUUUGGAUUUGGGCUCAUUAAGACUGAACAUAAUUUCGGUCUGUUUUUGGGGGGAUAAAGCGUGGUUACAAAACUGCGUCCCCGGCUCUCCUGGAGAGUGCCCGAGUACUCCUCUGGUUUCUUUGCCGCGUCGUCCCAUUGCUCUCUGCUCAAGCUGGAAGCCACCGAGGCAGCGUAGGAAACUUUAAAACCCUUCUGUUGUGUAAAUGUUUUGCAUUCAUUGAACCUGAGAUGCACUUUUGUAUAAAACUUUAAUGUUUUGACAUUUUGAUUGAGAGUUGUUCGUACACAGUUUACAGGAAAUCACCAUCUCCUGCAGCAAAAGGACAGUUAUCUCCGAUCGAAUUCAAAUGUAUUGUACAAAUAUGGAGUUCUGUAUUUGGCAGACCUCAUUUUUUUGUGUUGCACAUGUGAUGGAAAUAUUAAAAACUGUAUGAGGAAAUGG